ACGUCAUUGUUUCUAGUUUAGAGCAAUAUUACUCAGCGAACUGGUACACAACAAAUCAGAAAAAUGGGCGAGUUGGUCAGUGGUGUUUAAUAAGUAGUCAAUAUUGUACGCUAGUGUUAUUUUUUUAUCGUCUGUGGUAGGCUAAUAUUAACUCCGAUUAGUACUGUAUUAAAUCCGAAAACACCAUGACAACUGUAGAGAGCCUCGCUGACGAUUUGAGGGAGGAAUUUCUCACUUGCUCUCUGUGUUUCUCAAGAUUUCACAAACCGAAGUUGCUUCCUUGUCAACACACCUUUUGUUCCCCCUGCCUCAUGAAAUGGAUCAACACGAAAACUGCACAUUACAAGAUAGAAUGCCCAAUGUGUAGGGAAGAAACCAAUCUUCCCCACGGGGGUGUUCAUGCAUUGCCGGAGAGCUUUUUCGUAGUAGGAUUAAUGGACUUUUUGGACUCACGUCUGCAGGAUUCUACUGACGCUUUGCGUGCAGGGCUUUUCCAUCAGUUUGGUAGGAAAGGGAACACAGACGGUCAACUUUAUAAGCCCCAGGGAAUUGUCGCCUGCCAGUCGGGAAAUAUUCUUGUAUCUGACUGUAAAAACCGAAUCCAAGCAUUUUCCAGUGUUGGGAAAUUCCUCUACAAAUAUUCUUUCGAUCAACUGGAUAAGAAAUUCUCGCCAUGCUGUGUGGCCAUCACAAAGCAUUUGUCGUCUGAUCAAUCGGAACGGUUACUCGUUUCGGAUGUGAAUAACAAGCAGGUAAUGCUUUGCGAACUGAGCGGAAACGUUGUGCGACAUAUCGGGCGGGAUGAUCUUCAGAUGCCCGGUGGCAUCGCUGUGACUAGCGAUGGUAUAAUUCACGUUGUGGACGUCUACGCCAAUUUGAUCCGUUCGUACACUGUGCACGGAGUCGCCGUCAGAACCUUCGGCGGGUCCGGUGCCCGUGAGGGCUCGUUCCAGACUCCGAAAUACAUCGCCGUUGCGAAGAACGAUCGUCUGGUUGUGUCCGACAGUCUUAACCAUCGUAUACAGAUAUUUGAUUCGACAGGACAUUUCCGCCGCGCAAUCGGAACUCGCAGUAAAGACAACGGCGGGUUUAAGUCACCGACAGGAGUCGCUGUUGAUAGUAACAAUAAUAUCUUGAUAGCAGAUGGCGAGAAUCAUAGUUUGCAACUUUUUGAUCCGUUUGGACGGUUAUUAAAACGGAUAGAUGACGACAUUGAUGACUUAGCGCAUCCUGAGAGCGUAACUAUUGGCAUUGAUGGAAGUGUUUUGGUUGCUGAUGCGGGAAACCACAGUGUAAAGGUUUUUCGUUACUGAACCCGGAUUUUUAGGGGAAAUGUUCUGUUACCGACGCGAGGAAGUGGUGACACUGCAAAUAGGCCUAUCUGACUGAAAGGCGACGCACUGGUUAUCUUAACGACUAAUUGUAGGCCUAUAAAAUGUUUUUUUGUUUAUACAAUAGAUUAGAAGGAUAAAUAACAACUUAAUAAAUCGAUUACAAGAUUACAAUAAUGAGUAACAAAUAUUUGUUUCUCGUCCAUGGCACCAGAUAGCAUUAAACCAGGGAGUUGUUUUGUUAUUUAGAAAUAACAACUCCCUGCUCAAACAAAAUCGAUAUUCGUCAGAGGGGAUAACCCCAAAAUCUGCUAUAUUCACAGGUGUUGAUAAAAGAAAUUAAUUUAUUUUAUUACUCAUGUGAAUUCUGAUUGUACUCUCUAUUUCCUCGUGACACCAGAGGGCUUUGUUGAGAAUAAUUAUAAACACAUAACUUAAACGUAUUCAACAAUUGUUCAGGCCUAUUCUAUUAAAAAUUAUUUGUAAAACUAUGGGCCAGCUAUGACUGUUUUAUGCCCAACCAGAGGGUCUAGUACUGCUUAUGAGAGGCCAGGCUUUCAACUACAAAUAACACUAACGUUUUAUAUUUGUUAACAAAAUCAUAUUAUCAUUAUAGGUUUUCAAAGAAAAAAAACCUGUAUAUUAACCGUCGCUAAGGUCAAUAUUAAUCUCUAUCCACACUAUCAAAUUACCUUUGAUUAAAAACGGUUGAUGUACUUAUAU